UCGCUCUAGCUCCGGUAGUGUUUCACUCGAGCAACCCUGCUGACUGUGGUAGUGUGUGCAAUAAGUAUCGAAUCUAUGUGCAAACAUCUGAUCGGUGCAGCGUGUCUGGUAUCUAUAGCAACUAUUUAAUUUUCUUCAUCGACAAGAUUGCUAAUUGAAUCAACGGUGGCAAUAAUUUCCACCAGCCCACAUUUAAAUAAUUUAGUACAUUGCGGUGUCCUGCAGCGCUCCCCGAUCAAUCGAAGGAAGCCACGUGCGGCGGUGAAAUGUGUUUGUGUUUUCUUAGUGCAAUGAAGUGAUUUUGGUACAAAUCUAUCCUGUAAGAAGAGGAAAAUUCCCCGUGCAAUACCCAGUGAACUGAAAGCAACGAUAUUUAACGUGUACUAGCGGCGGUCAAGACAAGUCAGCAUGGAGUUUCGAUUUAAUUGUCAUCCGCUGUUUCGGCAGCGCAUUGUGCGGAUAAACAACUCGCUCUUGCCAACCGGAUUCGUAGCCCAGUGUCGGCGUUCUGCACUAGACGCCACCGCACAGAUCGCUGAGAUCAUCAACUUCGUCGGACAGAUGUCGGCCACAGCCCAGGGACUGUCGAAUCCGGUGACAACGUCACAGAAGUUGCGAAACUCCGACCAUCACAUUUACCUUAUGUUCGAACCCAACGAGAAGAAUGGACUGGUAGUCGGAAUAUUGAAAGUCGGUCGCAAAUCGUUGUACGUGUUCGACCAGAACGGAGAAACGGUUAAUGUUACAGCACCAUGCGUUUUGGACUUUUAUGUGCAUGAAUCGCGGCAACGUGGCGGUCUCGGACGGGAACUAUUCGAGCACAUGCUGAACGCCGAAAAUGUCCAGCCGGCGGAGAUGGCCAUCGAUCGUCCCUCGGAGAAAUUGCUCGGUUUCCUGCAGAAACACUACGGACUGUACAACAAAAUUCCACAAAUGAACAACUUUGUUGUGUACGAAGGUUUCUUCUCUAGCAAGCAGAAUGCCGCCGACAUCGAUGGCCGCCGCAUGCACAUCACAGCUAGUCCUAACACCAAUCUAUUCGGACCCACAUUCACCACCGGCCAGGACAGGCGGAGGUCCAACUCGCAGACGCGCCAACCAGUCAUUUCCCCGCCGGUCGUCCAGCAACCCCCGGUGGGACGCUAUGCGGCAAAACGACCUUCCUGCAGCAUGGCACAGAUAAUUCACAAUAGUCCAACUACGGUUACAACCGAACCUAACAGCUCUACUUCUCCCACUAACAACCAUCAUGCGCCUCCAUCCGCUUCCGCUAACAAUAACAAUGAUCACGAAAAUGACCAUCAGCACCAUCAUCAUCAUGAUAACGGCCACCAGCAAGAGCCAGACCAGCCGGAACCGGAGGAACCGCAAGCACGCACUAUUCCGCCAGCCCAUGAUGAUGCUGCUGAUGAGGUCCUAUCGGCUAAUCUGCAAAAUUUAACCAUGACGGAACCGAUCGAUUACGUUGACUAUCAUCGCCAACAUCACCAUCACCAUCAGCAUAAGCCAGGUCAGGAGGUGAAGUUUGCCGAUGAGUACGGCGACAUUCCCGAGCCGGUCGCUGAUCCGGACCCGUACAACUUCCAUCCGCAUCAUCUCGAGCUGACGCAUCACUCGCCGGAACAGCAGCAGCAGCAAAUGUUGACUAAUCGUGAAAAUUCUGCUUCUCCCCAAUCGGUUAGCCAGCAGCAAACGCCGGAACAUCCGGGCCCGAGAAAGCCCAUCCGGUACACCAAGCAGCACACCGGCAUGAAAAAUAUGUCGUUCGGUGUUGGUGCGGCCGUAACUCCGUCCGCUAAGAUGGAAUUCGACCAGGAAGAGAACGAAGGCUUCGGAUCAGUGAAGAUUAACCGACCGAUCGGUAAAUCGAACGCUCGAAACAGUCCCAAUGAUAACGAUAAUGAAUCUGUUCAUUCAAAGUGCUCCGACAGCAGCUAUCUAACCGAGCAUGGACAUUUCGAUCUCAAAUUUUAUCAUAAUAAGCUCUGGUAA